UGUCUCACUCCAGUCAUCCAAGAGAAAAUGUUACCUUCUACGUCCCCAAACCCCCCUUUGUCUCUCCCAUCAACAACCCUAAUUCAUCCUCCUUUCCUCUCCCUUCAAUUCCCCAUAACCACUCGAAAACUCCGCAAACAUGUCUUUCUUAUCCGGAGCUCCAUCACCCGACCAGAGAAUCAAGCCGCCCUUCCUCAGUCUGCCAUUCAGCGGAUUGCUGACAAGCUCCGGUCACUGGGGUUCUCUGAAACCCGGAACCCGGAACCUGAAUCCGAAUCUAGGUCAGGUUCCCCCGGGGAAAUCUUUGUCCCUUUGCCUGCCAAGAUACCCAAGUACCGGGUCGGACAUACGAUUGAUACAAGCUGGAGUACGCCGGAGAACCCGGUGCCCGACCCUGGUUCGGACCCGGGGAGCUUGAUGGUGAGGUUCAGGGAUAUGAAGAGGGAGAGAAAGAAAAUGGGGAGGGUGAAGGAGGAGGAGAGGGUGAUUCCGAGUUUGGCGGAGCUGAAGCUGUCUGCGGCGGAGCUCAGACGGCUGAGGUCAGUGGGAAUUGGUGAGAAACGGAAGUUGAAGAUUGGAAAGCUGGGAUUCAGAGGGAAUGUGAAUGGGAUCCAUGAAAGGUGGAGAAAGAGCGAAGUGGUUAGAAUUGUUUGUGAGGAUAUUUGUAAAAUGAAUAUGAAGAGGACUCAUGAGGUUUUGGAGAAAACUGGAGGAUUGGUUGUUUGGAGAUCUGGAAGUAAAAUAAUAUUGUAUAGAGGGGCUAAUUACAAGUAUCCUUAUUUCUCAGCUGAUAAAAUGGGAACACAAAAUUCUUCUUCCAAUGGCUCACCAGAUACAAACAUGGAUAAUAAAGAAUUCCACGAAACAGAAAGCUGCUCAUCUGAAUUAAAUGGUGUAAAAACUUCUACCCCUAAUGCAACCGACGAAAUGACUAAACGAACGGUAAUUCAAGGUGUUGGCUCUCCAAGUAGGGUAAGAUUUCAACUGCCAGGUGAGGCAGAACUUGUUGCAGAAGCUGACCGCUUGUUGGAUGGACUGGGUCCAAGGUUUAUGGACUGGUGGGGUUAUGAGCCUCUACCAGUUGAUGGUGAUCUCCUACCAGAUAUUCCUGGAUACAGGAGACCCUUCCGCCUUCUUCCUUAUGGUGUGAAGGCCCUGCUCACAAAUGAUGAAAUGACCACUUUAAGAAGACUUGGCCGACCCUUGCCUUGUCAUUUUGCAUUAGGAAGAAAUAGAAAACUUCAGGGGUUGGCUGCAUCCAUUGUCAAGCUUUGGGAAAAAUGUGAGAUUGCAAAAAUUGCUGUAAAGAGAGGGGUACAGAAUACUAAUAGUGAAAUGAUGGCAGAAGAGUUGAAGUGGUUGACCGGAGGAACUUUGCUCUCACGAGAUAAGGAUUUUAUUGUCCUAUAUAGGGGAAAAGAUUUCCUGCCUUCUGCUGUUUCUUCUGCAAUAGAAGAGCGGAGAAAGCAUGUAAUUCAUGCGGAGAAUCACAAUACAAAAACUAUGAAGGAGAAUGCUGAGGGUACUAAAAUUGACUCUGAAAGUGAUAUCAUUCGUGCUAAGGGUCGCAGAGGCAAUAUCUUCAAUGACCGAAAGAACAUGAACUCCACAGAAACAGCUGUUAGAAAGACUAGCUGGAAGUUGUCUAUGGCACUAGAGAAGAAAGCAAAGGCUGAGAAACUUCUAGCGGAUUUUGAGCAUGAGGAGAUCCCUCAACAAUCUGAAAUUGAUAAAGAGGGUAUAACUAAAGAAGAAAGAUAUAUGCUUAGGAAGGUUGGCUUGAGAAUGAAGCCCUUCCUACUAUUGGGUAGACGGGGAGUGUUUGCUGGAACAGGAAAUAUGCAUCUUCAUUGGAAGUAUAGGGAACUUGUGAAGAUAACUAAGGAGACAAAUGUUGAAGCUGUUCAUCAAGUAGCACAAAUAUUGGAGGCAGAAAGCGGUGGAAUAUUAGUGGCUGUGGAGAGGGUAAGCAAGGGUUAUGCAAUCAUCUUUUAUCGUGGAAAGAACUAUGAGCGGCCUACUUGUCUCAGACCUCAGACGCUUCUCACUAAAAGAGAGGCAAUGAAACGCUCUCUGGAGGUACAGCGUCGUAAGUCUUUGAAACUACAUAUUUUGAAGCUUACGAGAAACAUAGAUGAGUUGAAGCACCAAUUGGUUGUAGACAAGGAAGCAAGUUGCAUGCAAACUGCUGACCAAUCAAUAUUGUCACUGGUCGAAGAGGAAACAAAAAUGUUACAGUCAGACAAAUGUCCAAGAUCAGAUACUGAAUCUUUUGCAACUCCAGGAAGGCAUCUAGAGGCAAGAGACAAAGAUGGAUCUGAGUUGACUUCCAUGAAAAAUGAUAGAAUGGUUGCUGCAGUAAGUAUUGCUGAACCUUCUGAACAAAAGCUCUUGGAACCAUCUUCAACACAUGAUGGGAUCGACAGUCAUAAAGCAGAAUCGGAGUCUUUGUCAGAACCUGUGAACAGAGGAAAACAUAAUACUGAACUGAGGUCUUUGCAUGCUCAAUUCGAAAGGGUUGGCCCCACAUCUCACCUCAAUAACCUUAUGGCAGAAAUUGACUGUUGCGAUACAGUUAAUGCUGAGCUCCACAUUUCAAAUGAUGGGCCAAUGGAAUCAAUGGUUGAAUCAGCCAACAAAAAAUUGGAUGUUUCAAAUUUACUAGCAGUUGAAAAUGUGUCUAAUAAGAUGGCUUCAACAGCAAAGUUUCUCUCUAACAAAGAUAGACUUCUUUUACGAAAGCAAGCUCUCAGUAUGAAGAAACGUCCUGUGCUUGCAGUUGGGAGGAGCAACGUUUUGACUGGUCUGGCGAAAGCUAUCAAUGCACACUUUCGGAAACAUCCUCUUGCUAUUGUGAAUGUGAAAGGGAGGGCUAGAGGGACCUCUGUGCAAGAAGUGGUGCUAAAGCUGCAGGAAGCAACCGGUGCAGUUCUAGUGUCUCAAGAACCUAGCAAAGUCAUACUGUAUCGAGGCUGGGGUGCAAAUGAAGAAGUGGCACAUGGUGAGAAGAGGAAGGUAAAAGAUACAUCGGUUCAGAAUCGUCCUGCUGUGUCCCCUGAGCUUAUUGCAGCAAUCAAAUUUGAAUGUGGCUUGCAACGUUGCCAAGAGGAACAGGAACUUUGAUUUGCUGGAAUUUUGAAGGUUUAAGCAGUAUUUUGGUUAUAGUUUAUUAGCUAAAUCUUCAUUAUUGCAGAGGCUCAUUUCAAGCACCUGUU